CACGCCUUAAAUUAGUCAAGAUACAAUGUAACCUGUGAAUCAAGCCAUACAUUGAAAUCGGAUUAGAUGUGUGCAACGUAAUAGAAAUACCACAAUCAAUUGAUAUCAGUUUACUACUAUAUGUGAAAUAUACAAUCGUUAACCUCCAGAACGCCUUAGAUUCAGGAGGAAAUAAGGAAUAUUUCUUCCGGUUCCCAAGAAUGCAAAAAUAAAACGGAAGCUGAUUUGGCCCUGGUAAAGCCAUUACGGUGUGGUCCACAUAGAGAUUUCCACCACUUCAGCCGGUAGUGCCUAAGUACGGCGCUCACAGGGACUCUCCACUGGCCUUCCCUUCCCUGCACAGAGAAACAGUACUAGAGACUUCUGGUUCGGGAGCUGUGGACAGUGUCCGAGUGAAUGUUUCAUUGCUCUAAGAACCCCUCCCGCUCUUCGAGGACCUAACUUACCUACCCAUCAAGAGAGCGCUCCUGCUGCUGAGUUAGCUGGUCAGGCAUUUCAUCCAGCCCCUCAGCAUCAGGACUUAGUGAGGCGGCAGCCCCCACCAGCCCCUGUGUCUGGAGCUAUUCAGGGGGAGGAGGGGAAGGAGACCCCCGGCCGGUGCAUCACUUUCCCUUGAGAUGAAGCUUCAAGCCGUGAUGGAGAACCUGCACAGGCAGCAGAGGGCCAAGUUGCUGAUGGAACUGGAGCAACAGCAGCUGCAGCAGGACGGCUCUCCGCAGGGUCACGGCCGGACCACCGCUGGCGUUGGGGACCAGCUGAUGGGAAGCCCCACCCCGGAGUCAGAGCACGCCCAGAUGGCGGCCUUGGCAGCCAUGAGGGUAGUGGCGGCUGGGCUGCAGAGGGCCUCAGACAGCCCCAUGUCAGAGCGCAGCAGCGGGGGAGAGGACGAGGAAGAAGAGGAUGAUGACGAGGAGGAGGAAGGGGAGCAGUACAAAGAUAUGAUGGGCUCUGAGGAAGAGGAGAUGAUAAAGCAGAAGUGGGAUGAGGAGGACUUUGAGGGGGAGAUGGAGGAGGACUAUGAGGACGAGCUGGUGGACGAGGGGCUUCCCACGGGCCGGGAGGCGCUGGCCCUGCUGCUGCCCCACCGUCAGCUGCACGCCCACUCCCAGCUGCUGAAGCAGGCCCGGCCCCGCACCGGGACCCGCCCAGACCAGGAGCCCAGAGUGGCCAUCCUCCCCCCACACGGAUCCCACAGCCAGCUGGGUGGCCAGGACCAUGGAGACUGGACUUACGAAGAGCAGUUUAGACAGCUCUACGAACUAGAUGGAGACCCAAAGAGAAAAGAGUUUCUGGAUGACCUAUUCAGCUUCAUGCAAAAGAGAGGAACCCCUGUGAACAGGAUCCCCAUCAUGGCCAAGCAGGUCCUAGACCUGUACAUGCUGUACCAGCUGGUGACAGAGAAGGGAGGCCUGGUAGAGGUCAUCAACAAGAAGCUGUGGAGAGAGAUCACUAAAGGACUCAACCUGCCUACCUCAAUUACCAGUGCAGCCUUUACUCUCAGGACACAGUACAUGAAGUACCUGUAUCCAUACGAAUGUGACAAGAGGAGCCUCAGCAACCCCAACGAGCUGCAGGCAGCUAUCGACUGUAACCGACGGGAGGGCCGCCGGCAGAGCUUCGGCAGCUCCCUCUUCACCUACUCCCCCAAUGGGACCCCCACCAUGCUGUCCUCCCCCAAGAUGUCCAUGCAGAACAUGGGGAUGAACGUGGCCACCAACGGAGGCCACUCUCUCACUCCCAUCCAGAAAAUCAAGAAAGAAGAGGAGGGUGACCAGCCUGUGUCCGGCUUGGGAUUCAUGUCCAGGCACCCUCUGGUUGGUAAUUCGGUGGCGGUGCAGGCAGCAGCGGCCCAGUUAGCGGCUCUAGAGCAGCUGAGGGACAGACUGGAGGCAGGUGAGCCCCCGGAGAAGAAGAUUGCCCUACCUGCUGAGAAGCACCAGCGGCUGCUGCAGAGAGCGCUGCAGCACAAUCUGCUGGCCAGGACUGCCCAGAUGCCCAUGAACAUCCGCAUCAACAACCAAGAUGGCCGACAGGACUCAGCUCUCAAUCUCACAACUAAUGGCAUGAGCAGCAUCAGUAUGUCAGUGGAACUCAAUGGAGUCAUUUACACCGGUGUGCUUUUUGCUCAGGCAGCAGGAUCAGCCUCGUCAGGCUCCUCUGGAUCAUCAAGUAACAGCAAAGCCCCUGGUGGGCACAGUGGAUCCUAGUGGCUCCCCUACACUUCUACCUCAUCCACCUAUCUUUGAUGCUAACUAAAGCCAAAAAUAAACCUCGUUUUCUACUUAGCCUAUGCCAAAAAAAACAUAUAUAUGACAAGACAAACUGAAACUCAGACCACUUGAAGUACACUCUCAGGUCCCCUCAUAUAUUCUUCCCUCUUUUGUUCUUUAGCCUAAAUAAGUUUGAAUAACCCAACAAGGAGCCAGUAUAUGAUAGAUAUUUGCACAGCCUAUGAAUAAUUUAUUUCUACAUAAAUGUACAGAUUAUCUGAGAACAAAAGAAAAAGAAUACAUUGGAAGGGUAAUGCACUGUUUAAACAUUUAACACAGCUACUGACUGACAAUGAAGCUUCUUCUCAAGAGGAAAAAUAAGUUGUUUGUAACAUUAUCAUUCUCCUCAUUGUUAUUAUUAUUAUUAUUACCAUCAUCAUCACUAACAAUAUACUCGUUGCAAAAAAUAUAUAUUUAGGAUUCUAUAAAGCAGAACAUUUGACAUUUCUUGUAUUUUAAGUAGAAAAGCUUUAAAGUAUGUUAUUUCUUCAGGGUAUAACAAAGUACCAUUGUGACCUCAUGUUAUAGAAUUCCUCUUUUACGUUUGCAUGAUGCAGUCAGAAACAAAUCAAUCCUUGCUGAGAUGUUCUAUUAAUUGCUCAGACACAGGUUUUGUCUUGCAUUUUUUUUCUAGUAGAAGUCAACAGGCAUUCUUAAUGCUCAUUGGGCUUUAGAAUAUGUGCAGGUUUUUCUCAGGUGUCUGCCAGAUUGCUGUGAAACAAUAACAUUGUAUUUAACUGCUAUAUGUUUCUGUCAUAGCCACACAUUAUACAAAUGUAUUUCCUGGUUUGAGUGUUUGUUUCUCUCAUGACACAUUUCAACCAUAUUUUUUUAAUUUUCAUGUAGAAUUUAGUUUUCUAUCAGGUUGUCUCAUCAAUUACCCAGGGUACUCUGUCCUUUUAUAAGAAGUGGGAUCAUCUUCACUCUACGUAAAGCUUUUAGUUUAAAGGUUGAUCACUCUGAGACGACACAGAGUAGGGGAUAUGUGCAGGAAUUCUUAGCUCUGCCAUUGUGAGCCUUUAAAACUGAGGUUUGGGGCUGAAAGUGACUCUAUUUAAAAGCUUUUCAUCAUAAUGUCUCAAGAGUGCCUACACCUUGAUAUGUGAAAUCUUCAUAACGACAAAGCAUUAAUGAAUUUAGCUACAUGCUUGCAUUAUAUAGUGCUGCUUAUAUCCAAGUGCUUCUUAUAUUCACAGCUAUACCAUUAUCUUCAAUCUGUUGAGGAGUCAGAGGAGGCCAGUUUAAUGACAAUAGAAGAUGUUACAGAGAAUAUUGUGGGAUUGACUGAUAUCUGUUUCAUCUGCUGGCAUUUGCUUUACUUAAUUUCAGUUAUCAGAAGUACAGUUUUUUUGUAUAUAACACAGUUGCAUAGUAAUCAUGCUCCUGUAGCAACAGAACAAUGGUUAUUCUAUUAAACAAUUUUCACUGAAACGCA